GAGAGCACCUGUUUGGGGUGUGACACAAGCACCUAUCAUAAUUGUUUCACUACUUCAGAGAGAACUGACAGGCAGGCAGGCCGACCAGGUUGGUUAGCUUAGCAUGUUGGCUGUUUUGAAUGAGUGAAAAUGAGGAUUACUGGGGGUUGUUUGGCGCUUGUGACUUUUCUGUGGACCGUCGUCAGCAGAGGUGACAAAGAUGUUUGGUGUCGUCUCAAUGAGAGCUGCCUUUUACAGGCAAACUUUACUGUUGGACAAGAUGUGGUCAUACACUGGCAGAAGAAGUUGAAGGAGGACAUUUAUGCCCAUUCAUACUACUACAGUGCGGACCAACUGCAACUCCAGGACAAACAGUUUAAGAACAGGACUUCACUGUUCAAGGAGCACAUUAAAGAUGGGAAUUCUACUCUCUUGUUGAAGAAAGUGGUUGUAGCUGAUGAGGGAAGGUACAUGUGCUACGUAGGAACCAUCAGUGAAAAAAAGGAGUCAUUCAUCAACCUCCAUGUAGAAGCUGCGGUCACCACAAUCAACAUCCAGCAAGAUGGCAACAAUCUGACGUGCAGCUCAAGCGGAAUCUACCCCGAGCCUCAACUCACCUGGUCCACCGAGCCUUUGCUUCUUCACGCCCUCCAGAACGCCACGAAAGUGGACAACGGCACAGGGGAGACACUUUACAGCAUCAGCGGCUGGCUGGUCGUGGCGGGGGACAACACUUCUCAGGUGGACUACAUCUGCGACGUUAGAAGCCACAGCAGCAGGAGGCUCACCUGGAAGAACGGAUCGACUGUCAGAGUUUCUGGAUCAGAGACCGUCAUCAACUGUCCCUUCUUGACUGGUGACAGAAGCGUCGUCUGGAUGUUCAACAAUCGUACCAUCGUGAAGAUGAAAAACGGUGCUAAGGACAUCAGUGAGGAGUGGAAAGAGCAGGUGAAGGACAUGUCCACUUCAGGCAACCUCGGUCUGCACAGUCUGUCCAGCAACCAUGAGGGAACGUACACGUGCCAAGUGGACAACGCCACGGAAACACGCGUGAUCACCUUCUUCUUGAGUACGGCGGGCGGUGACAAAGAUGUUUGGUGUCGUCUCAAUGAGAGCUGCCUUUUACAGGCAAACUUUACUGUUGGACAAGAUGUGGUCAUACACUGGCAGAAGAAGUUGAAGGAAGACAUUUAUGCCCAUUCAUACUACAACAGUGUGGACCAACUGCUAUUCCAGGACAAACAGUUUAAGAACAGGACUUCACUGUUCAAGGAGCACAUUAAAGAUGGGAAUUCUACUCUCUUGUUGAAGAAAGUGGUUGUAGCUGAUGAGGGAAGGUACAUGUGCUACGUUGGAACCAUCAGUGAAAAAAAGGAGUCAUUCAUCAACCUCCAUGUAGAAGCUGCGGUCACCACAAUCAACAUCCAGCAAGAUGGCAACAAUCUGACGUGCAGCUCAAGCGGAAUCUACCCCGAGCCUCAACUCACCUGGUCCACCGAGCCUUUGCUUCCUCACGCCCUCCAGAACGCCACGAAAGUGGACAACGGCACAGGGGAGACACUUUACAGCAUCAGCGGCUGGCUGGUCGUGGCGGGGGACAACACUUCUCAGGUGGACUACAUCUGCGACGUUAGAAGCCACAGCAGCAGGAGGCUCACCUGGAAGAACGGAUGUGACAAAGAUGUUUGGUGUCGUCUCAAUGAGAGCUGCCUUUUACAGGCAAACUUUACUGUUGGACAAGUCGAGGUCAUACACUGGCAGAAGAAGUUGAAGGAGGACAUUUAUGCCCAUUCAUACUACAACAGUGCGGACCAACUGCUAUUCCAGGACAAACAGUUUAAGAACAGGACUUCCCUGUUCAAGGAGCACAUUAAAGAUGGGAAUUCUACUCUCUUGUUGAAGAAAGUGGUUGUAGCUGAUGAGGGAAGGUACAUGUGCUACGUAAGAACCAUCAGUGAAAAAAAGGAGUCAUUCAUCAACCUCCAUGUAGAAGCUGCGGUCACCACAAUCAACAUCCAGCAAGAUGGCAACAAUCUGACGUGCAGCUCAAGCGGAAUCUACCCCGAGCCUCAACUCACCUGGUCCACCGAGCCUUUGCUUCCUCACGCCCUCCAGAACGCCACAAAAGUGGACAACGGCACAGGGGAGACACUUUACAGCAUCAGCGGCUGGCUGGUCGUGGCGGGGGACAACACUUCUCAGGUGGACUACAUCUGCGACGUUAGAAGCCACAGCAGCAGGAGGCUCACCUGGAAGAACGGAUCGACUGUCAGAGUUUCUGGAUCAGAGACCGUCAUCAACUGUCCCUUCUUGACUGGUGACAGGAGCGUCGUCUGGAUGUUCAACAAUCGUACCAUCGUGAAGAUGAACAACGGUGCUAAGGAAAUCAGUGAGGAGUGGAAAGAGCAGGUGAAGGACGUGUCCACUUCAGGCAACCUCGGUCUGCACAGUCUGUCCAGCGACCAUGAGGGAACGUACACGUGCCAAGUGGACAACGCCACGGAAACACGCGUGAUCACCUUCUUCUUGAGUACGGCGGGCGUGAGUCCAAGCAGGUUGGGUGGGACGUCACACUGGUGGAUCCUGGCCGUGGUCUUGCUGGGUCUGGUGGCUGGGUUUGCUUACUGGAAGCAUAAAAGAAGUGCAUCCAAGAGGCCCAGGAGUAACCCUGAGGAGGUGACAGAGUUGAACUCAGUAAAAGAUGUUGGUGAGAGUCAAACGAGUGAGAAUGAAAGCUGUCUUGCUGGCAACAUCGACAGGCAGACCUCUCCUGAUCCCACCUUUUCAUCCACACAUUCUGUACAUUAAGUCACUCAUCAGAAUCACUUUUAUCGGCCAAGUAUGUUUAACACACAAGGAUUCUGACUCGGUGCUGUGUUGUCUUUGUUCAAUGCAAGAAACAAAGCAAACUUUUGACAACUACAAGAGACAUCAGUGAUGCUGGAUGUGUUCUGCUUGCUGCAGAAUGAAGCUUCUCUUCUCACAAAAAGAAAACGUUGUCAAAUAUUCACCAAAGUGCAAUUAACUUUCGGGGUGGCGGGGGAUGCUGGAGCAUAUCUCAGCUGCAUUUAAGCUGAAGGCGGUGUACACCCUGGACAGGUUGCCACCUCAUCGCAGGGCCAACACAGAUAGACAGACAACAACCAGACACUCGGACCAAUUCGGUGUUGCCAAUCAACCUAUCCCCAGGUGCAUGUCUUUGGAGGUGGAAGGAAGCCGGAGUACACGGAGGGAACCCACGCAGUCACGGGGAGAACAUGCAAACUCCACACAGAAAAAUCCUGAGCCCAGGAUCAAACACAGGACCUUCGUAUUGUGAGGCACACGCACUAACCCCUGUUCCACUGUGCUGCCCUCCAAAGUGCCGUAUUGUUAAUAAAUAAUAAAAGUUGCAAAGGAUCAUCUGUGUGAUAGAAUGAAGGAAAGAAUGUGAGGUAUGUGGGCUGGCAUUGGCCAAAGUUACCUUGUGUAAAAGAGUGAUAGCACGUGUUUGGGGUGUGACACAAGCACCUAUCAUAAAUGUUUCACUACUUCAGAGAGAACCAGCAGGCAGGCAGGCCGACCAGGUUGGUUAGCUUAGCCUGCUGGUUAUUUUGAAUGAGUGAAAAUGAGGAUUACUGGGGGUUGUUUGGUGCUUGUGACUUUUCUGUGGACCGUCGUCAGCAGAGGUAAGGAUGACCUCCUACUUUGGUUCCAACAACAUCAAAUACAUGUUUUAGCAGCAGAAAAGGAUGGAAUGAAAAGUUGAAUAGACUUUGUUGUGUCAGAGCCGCAAAAGUGUGAGGAGGCGAAGAACGCUUUGAACAAGUCAUAAUUUGCAAUAAAGGCUCAAAAUAAACAGAUUGUAAAGAUCAUGAUGACACACCAUGUUUGUCACAUUUAACCUGUCAGGUCACAUUUCUUUCUUUCUAAAUGUAUUUCCUUGUUACACUUUUAGCUGCACUGAUUUUUGUUUUUAUUAACACUCAAAAAUACAUCCAAUAUAAGCCAUGAUUAGCUUCAACUGUCUCGCGAGCCAAUAAAACCAAGCCAGCGGACUUUAGUCUUUACUCAUUAGCAGCCUUUUGUCCAGCUUGUGCAAACAAACACUUAAAAUAAAAGUUGAUUGUGAGUAGAAUA